AUGUUUUACCAAGGCUCAUUGCAAGAAGGCAUCUCCACUGCCGUUGACCAACAAAAGCUCGUUCUCUGUUUCGUCACAGAUGAAAAUGAUGAGAGUCAAACCUGGGAGACAGAUUUCCUCGCAGACCAAUCAGUAGUAGAUCUGCUCCGCAACCAAGCAGUCGCGCUCCGGCUCAAGGCUGGGUCCGAAGAAGCCGGAUACUUAGCACAAAUCUUCCCACUGCCAAAAACCCCAACCGUUGUGAUAAUCAAGAAUGGCGAGCUCAAAGAGUACAUCACCCCCGGUGUCACGAAGGAAGACUUCAUCCGUCGAGUACAGGGCGCAUUCAACGCUGCGCCGCCCGCUACCUCUCAGCCCAGUACCCACCAAACCACUGCCUCAACAGCCGCUACCCGAGAAGGCUCCGAGCCAUCUUCUACGAGUCCCAGUCAGGCAGCGCAGCAAUCCGACAAUGUGCGACGUGUCCUGGCCGAGCGCGCGAAAGCAAAGGCGCAACAAGACGAGGCGGAACGCAAAUUGAAGGAGGAAAAGGCCAGUGCGAACGAGGCGGCGCAACAAAAGUCCGAAACUUCCGACGCGGCAAGAGUUCAAUCGCAGGCUGAGCUGGUGAAGAAGAAGAGAAGGCAAGACAACGAGGAGCGACAAAGGAUCCUCAAGCGCAUCGAGGAUGAUAAGGCAGAGCGACGGCAACAUGCUGCUGAGCGAGAGAAGCGAAGACUGAGUAUACAAAAGUCGGAAGAAGCUGAGAGCAAGCUGCCGGUGAAGAAGACUCCCAGCAAUAAGACAUCACUUCAGGUUCGGCUCUUUGACGGUUCCACGAUUCGAUCACGAUUCGACACAUCGUCAAGCUUAAAAGACAUACGAAAAUGGGUUGAUGAGACUAGGAAUGAUGGAAAUCUACCAUACACCUUUAAGCAAGUCCUGACUCCACUACCGAACCGAAACAUCGACAGCACAGAGGAGUCCAAGGACUUAGGGGAGUUGGGCCUGUCCCCAUCUUCCACUCUCCUGCUGAUUCCCGUAACCAAUUUCUCGUCGGCAUACAAGGACGAAUCCGGAAGCAUUGUAUCUGGCAAUAUCUUUUCACGUUUUCUACGACUCAUCUUCGGAUUCUUUACGUGGCUAUUCAGCCUAUUUGGACUAGGCGGGGAUGGCCGGAGAGAUCCGCGGGAAGGGGAGGGGGUUGGAGAGUCAGAGGCUACCACAACCGGAGCGCAGUCCCGGGUCCGAGGCUUCCAAAAUCCGAACGAUCGAAGGCGAGACCAGCCAUUGUACAAUGGAAACUCGCUAAAUUAUGAGUCACGGCCAGAUGAAGACGAGAAAUGA